UUGUAAACUAUUUACCAGAGUAUAAACCGGAUUCACAAACUUGAAGAACAGGAACGAGAAGAAAUCUGAGAGAGAGAGAGAGAGAGAGAGAGAGAGCUGGAUCCUCACUGCUGCUGCUGCUGAAGUGUCGUCGGAGGAGCGUGAGAAGCUCCCGGAGGAGAAAAAAUGAGUCUCCAGGAGGAGCAGUGUGAGGAGCUCCAGAACUCUAAGAUGAAUCUCCAGGAGGAGCAGCGUGAUAGUCAGAGUGAAGAUGAUGACAGAUCCCCCAGUGAUGUAUCCAUGAAGAGUGACCAGUCAAUGGACCCCCCUGAUAACUUUAAUGAUGGAAAAACAUCUCAGAGGAGUGAGGGUGAAGACAGACCCUCCUCUACAGCAUCCAGCGGUGUAUUCAUGAAGAGUGACCAGUCAAUGGCCCCACCUUUCAAAUUUAAAGCAGGAGGAACAUCUCAGAAAAGUGAGGGUGAAGACAGACCCUCCUCUACAGCAUCCAGCGGUGUAUUCAUGAAGAGUGACCAGUCAAUGGCCCCACCUUUCAAAUUUAAAGCAGGAGGAACAUCUCAGAAAAGUGAGGGUGAAGACAGACCCUCCUCUACAGCAUCCAGCGGUGUAUUCAUGAAGAGUGACCAGUCAAUGGCCCCACCUUUCAAAUUUAAAGCAGGAGGAACAUCUCAGAAAAGUGGAAGCGAGGAAAGAUCAAUCUCACCUGCAUCCAGUCAGCGGUCAGUGCAACAGCCAAUCAGUUCUAAUGAUGGAAGAUCAUCUCACAGAAGCAUGGACCAAAAAUCUGAUAAAAAGCUACAGAAGAAGAUCAAGGAUUUUCUCUUCAACAUCUUUAAUGAUGUGGAGACGAUGAUCAUUGGGUUUGUAAAGCAUGACCUGAAAAUGUUCAAAACAUUUCUGAGAAAAGAAAACACAGACUAUUACGGGACCAAGACGAAGGAGGAGGAGUUUCAUCUGAGAGAGGAUGUUCUUAAUAUGACGCUGUUUUAUCUGAAGAAGAUGAAACAUGAGGAUGUCGCUUCUGCUCUUCAGAAUGAACUGACUGGAUUUUACCAGCGUAAACUGAAACUGAUACUGAAAAAGAAGUAUCAGCACGUGUGGGAAGGAAUUUCAAAACAAGGAGAGUCCACCAUUUUAAAUCAGAUCUACACGGAUCUCUACAUCACUGAAGGUGGAGCUGGAACUAUAAACCAGGAGCACGAGGUGAGACAAACAGAAAAGCAGAAAACCAGAGUAACAAAGGAAGCAUCUCAAAUGCAGCAGGAGCAACAAAUUGAAUGUCAGAACAUGUUUGAACCACUGCCUGGACAAGACAAGAACAUCAGAAUGGUGCUGACACAGGGCAUGGCCGGCAUUGGAAAAUCCAUCUGUGUGCAGAAGUUUGUUCUUGACUGGGCUGAAGGGAAAGAAUAUCAGGACAUCAGUUUCAUUUUGCCUCUGCCUUUCAGAGAACUAAACUUGAAGAAAGAAAAGUGCAGCCUGAUGGACAUCAUCUCUGAGUUUUUCCCUGAAACUAAAGGACUGAGGUUCACAGACAGGUAUAAAGUCAUGUUCAUCCUUGAUGGACUUGAUGAAUGUCGACUCCCUUUAGCAUUCCAGAAAAAUGAAAGAUUGACAGAUGCAUCGAUGCCAGCCACACUGGACGUUAUACUAACCAGCCUCAUCAAAGGAGACCUGCUUCCCUCAGCUCUGAUCUGGAUAACCACUCGACCUGCUGCAGCUGCUAGGAUCCCUGCUGACUGUGUGGACCGGGUAACAGAGGUCCGGGGCUUCAAUGAUCAACAGAAGGAGGAGUACUUCAGAAAAAGAAUCUGUGAUGAGAGCCUCGCCAACAAUAUCAUCAAACACAUUAAAGCAUCACGGAGUCUCUUCCUCAUGUGUCACAUUCCUGUCUUCUGCUGGAUUUCAGCCACAGUUCUUGAGAAGAUUUUGAAGGAAACAGAAGAUGAAGAGACACCGAAGACGCUGACUGAGAUGUACACCUGCUUUCUGAUCUUCCAGACCAUCCAGGGGAACCUGAAAUAUACAGGACAAAACUCCCUGGAUGUUCCAUGGGAUAAAGAGGCCAUACUGGCACUGGGAAAGCUGGCAUUUUAUAACCUGGAAAAAAGCAACCUGAUUUUUUAUGCAGAAGAUCUAGAAGAGUGUGGAAUUGAUGUCAGUAAAAUCUCUGCAUACUCUGGCCUGUGCACUCAGGAAAGAAGCAGGUUUGCUGGCACAGUUUUUAGCUUUGUGCAUCUGAGCAUUCAGGAGUUUAUCGCCUCUUUAUAUGCAUACAUGCGUCUCAGAAAUGAAAAUGUGAAUGUUUUUAACCAAGAGUCGACAUCAUCAGAGAACCCUGAGGAGAAAUCUAUGGAACUGCUAAGGACAGUAGUGGACAAAGCUUUGGAGAGCAACAGUGGACACCUUGAUCUUUUUCUUCGGUUCCUUCUGGGUCUGACAGUUGACUAUAAUCAGAAACUCAUACAAGGUCUGUUGAAGUCCAGUGGAAGAAGCUCUGACUGCCAGAAGUCCAGUGAAAGAAGCUCUGACUGCCAGAAGUCCAGUGGAAGAAGCUCUGACUGCCAGAAAGAGAUUGCUCAGUACAUCAAGAAGAAGUUUGAUGAAAACCCAUCUCCAGAGAGAUCCAUCAACCUGUUCUACUGUCUGAAUGAGUUAAACGAUGAUACUUUAGUAAAAGAGAUCCAAGACCGCUUAAGCUCAGGUCGUUUGUCUGAAGCUGAACUUUCACCUGCACAGUGGUCUGCUCUGGUCUUUGUGUUGCUGACAUCAGAGAAAGAUCUGGAUGUUUUUGAGCUACAGAAGUUCAUAAGAUCAGAUGAAUGCUUUAGGAGGCUGCUGCCAGUCGUCAAGGAGUCUAAAAGAGCUCUACUCAGUAGCUGUAACCUGACAGACAGAAGCUGCUCAGCUUUACUCACGAUUCUUAAAUCUGAAUCCAACCUGACCGAGGUGGAUCUGAGCAACAACGACCUGCAGGAUUCAGGAGUAGAGCUGAUAUCUGCUGGACUGAAGAAUCAGAACUGUAAACUGAAGAUACUGAGACUCAGUCAGUGUAAUCUGACAGAUGAAGGAUGUUCAGCUCUGUUCCAAGUUCUAUCAUCAGAUUCCUCCACUGUGAGAGAACUCGACCUGAGUAACAAUCAGAUUCAGGAUUCAGGAGUCAGACUCAUUUCUGAUCUACUCAACAAUCCAAACUGUAAACUACACACUGUGGGACUCAGUCAGUGUAAUCUGACAGAUGAAGGAUGUUCAGCUCUGUUCCAAGUUCUAUCAUCAGAUUCCUCCACUGUAAGAGAACUCGACCUGAGUAACAAUCAGAUUCAGGAUUCAGGAGUCAGACUCAUUUCUGAUCUACUCAACAGUCCGAAGUGUAAACUACACACUGUGGGACUCAGUCAGUGUAAUCUGACAGAUGAAGGAUGUUCAGCUCUGUUCCAAGUUCUAUCAUCAGAUUCCUCCACUGUGAGAGAACUCGACCUGAGUAACAAUCAGAUUCAGGAUUCAGGAGUCAGACUUAUUUCUGAUCUACUCAACAAUACCAACUGUAAACUACAAAGUUUGAGAUUAUCAGAUUGUGGUGUAAGAGAGGAAGGUUAUGCUGCUCUGGCUGAAGCUCUGAGAUCAAACCCAUCAUCAGAGCUGAUGGAGCUGGAUCUCAGAGGGAACCAUCCUGGAGAUUCAGGAGUAAAACUACUCGAUGAUCUAGUACAGGAUCCAAACUGUAAACUGAAGAAACUGAGGUUGGUGAAAACUGACGAUGCUGAGAAAGCAUUAAAGUCUCUGAGUGAUAAACUUCAUGUGAACCCGUUACUGCAGAGUGAGCUGGAUCUGAGUCACAAAAUAAAAGGACAUCCUGGAAUGACGAGGUUUUCUGCUCUACUGGAAGAUCCACACUUCAGACCAAAGAAACUCACGUUGUGUGGGUGCAGCUUAACAGAGAACGACUGCACUACUCUGGUUUCAGCUCUCAGUAGAAACCCAUCACACCUGACUGAUCUGGAUCUGAGUCAAAAUCCAAUAAAAAACUCAGGAGUGAAGAAGCUCGUUCCUCUACUGCAGGAUCAUCAAUACAAACUGAAACAACUCAAACUGAGAGAUUGUGAGAUCUUAGAAGAAGGUUAUGUUGCUCUGGCUGGAGCUCUGAUGUUAAACCUCUCAUCACCUCUAACUGAUCUGGAUCUCAGUGGAAAUAAUCCAGGAACAGAAGGAAUGAAGAUGUUUAAUGAUUUAUUAAAGAAACCAAAAUCUAAACUGAGAGUGAGAUUUCUGAGUAGAAGCCCUGAGAUGGAUGCAGCUUGUGAUUAUCUGAAUAAAAUGGAUAUAAAGAUGUUAGAACUGAGUGAGGUGGAUCUGAGUGGAAGAAGAAAUAUUGGAGAUUCAGGAGUUAAACAUCUAUCGACUGUACUGAAGGAUCCACACUGCAUGAUUACAAAACUUACAUUAUCAGAUUGUGAUGUAGGAGAUGAAGGUUAUGUUGCUCUGGCUGAAGCUCUGAACUCAAACCGUUCAUACAUGAAGGAGCUGGAUCUCAGAGGGAACCAUCCUGGAGAAUCAGGAGUGCAGAAGAUCUGUACCGUAUGUAAGGCUGGAUGGUUAAACUGGACAAAUGAAAUUAAGCUGAGGCUGUUUAAAAGUCCUGAUGCAGAGGAAGCCUACAUCACUCUCAAUCAGAUUCUAGGUAAAAACAUCUUACUGCAGAAGAAACUCCAUCUGAACUCCAAAUCACUGAAAGAGAUCAAAGUGAAUCAACUAUCAGCUCUGCUGGAGGAUCCACACUGUACAAUCCAAAACCUUACGUUGUGUGGGUGCAGCUUAACAGAGAACGACUGCACUACUCUGGUUUCAGCUCUCAGUAUAAACCCAUCACACCUGACUGAUCUGGAUCUGAGUCAAAAUCCAAUAAAAAACUCAGGAGUGAAGAAGCUCGUUCCUCUACUGCAGAAUCAUCAAUACAACCUGAAACAACUCAAACUGAGAGAUUGUGAGAUCUCAGAUGAAGGUUAUGUUGCUCUGGCUGGAGCUCUGAUGUUAAACCCAUCAUCACCUCUAACUGAUCUGGAUCUCAGUGGAAAUAAUCCAGGAACAGAAGGAAUGAAGAUGUUUAAUGAUUUAUUAAAGAAACCAAACUCUAAACUGAGAGUGAGAUUUCUGAGGAGAAGCUCUGAGAUGGAUAAAGCUUGUGAUUAUCUGAAUAAAAUGGAUAUAAAGAUGUUAGAACUGAGUGAGCUGGAUCUGAGUGGAAGAAAUAUUGGAGAUUCAGGAGUUAAACAUCUAUCGACUGUACUGAAGGAUCCACACUGCAUGGUUACAAAACUCACCUUGAGGAACUGCAGCGUUACAGAUAAAAGUUGUACUGAUCUGAAAUCAGCUCUUGAUGUAAAUCCAUCACACCUGAAAGAUCUGGAUCUGAGUUACAAUCAACUAGGAGAUUCAGGAGUGAUUCAGAUCUCUCAUCUACUGAAGAAUCCACAGUUCAAACUCCACAACUUCACAUUAUCAGAUUGUGGUGUAGGAGAGGAAGGUUAUGCUGCUCUGGCUGAAGCUCUGAGAUCAAACCCAUCAUCAGAGCUGAUGGAGCUGGAUCUCAGAGGGAACCAUCCUGGAGAUUCAGGAGUAAAACUGCUCGAUGAUUUACUACAGGAUCCAAACUGUAAACUGAAGACACUGAGGUUAUUAAAGUCUUCUAGAGCAGAAGAAGUCUACACCUCUCUUUGUUCCACUCUGGGUCAGAACCUCUUAAUACUGACCCAGAUGAAGCUGGAGAGGAACCCAGGGGGGGUAUCAGGAGAUUCCAGAGUGAAGCUUCUCUCAGCGUUUCUGCAGGACUCUCACUGCAAACUGCAGAAACUCCAGAUUAAUGAUGAUGAUCUAACGAUGAAGAGCUGUUCAGCUUUAUCUGAAGUUCUGAGAUCAGGAUCCUCCAGUCUGAGAGAGCUGGACCUGAGCAACAACAACCUACAGAACUCUGGAGUACAGAAGCUCUGUGAAGGACUGGAGAAGAAAGAGUGUAAACUGGAGGUUCUGAGAUUAUCAGAUUGUGGUGUAGGAGAUGAAGGUUUUGCUGCUCUGGCUGAAGCUCUGAAAUCAAACCGUUCAUACAUGAAGGAGCUGGAUCUCAGAGGGAACCAUCCUGGAGAAUCAGGAGUGCAGAUGAUCUGUAGCGUAUGUGAGGGUGGAUGGUUAAACAGGAAUAAAAUUAAACUGAGGCUGUUUAAAAGUCCUGAUGCAGAGGAAGCCUACACCACUCUCAAUCAGAUUCUAGGUAAAAACAUCUUACAGCAGAAGAAACUCCAUCUGAACUCCAAAACACUGAAAGAGAUCAAAGUGAAUCAACUAUCAGCUCUGCUGGAGGAUCCACACUGUACAAUCCAAAACCUCACGUUGUAUAAAAAAGGCAGCAUUACAGAAGAAGACUCUGCUGGUUUACUUUUAGCUCUGGUUUUAAAUCCUGCUCACCUGAGAGAGCUGAAUCUGAACCAGAAUAAACCAGGAGAAUCAGGAGUGAGAAACCUGUGUGAACUGGUGAAGAAUCCUCGGUGUAAACUGGAGAAACUAAAGCUGAAUAACUGUAGUAUAACAGAGAAGGACUGUAGAGAUCUGGCUUCAGCUCUGCACUAUAACCCCUCAUACCUGAAGGAACUGGAUCUGAGUCAGAAUGGAUUAAAAGAAUCAGUGAAGGAACUGUUCAGUCUACUGAAACACUGCAAAAUAAAAUUUGAUAAAUCAGAAAUGUUUGGAUUUUAAGGCGAGGCCAAAAAAUGACCAGCAGAUUUCUGAACCCUGCAGCUCCUCUAUAUCACAAAAACCAGCAAAAGAUAAAGAAACUCAAAACACAGAUGAGGAGGAAGGUUCCUCACCCACUUCAGACAGUAAAGACAAAACAUUUUGGUAUAACUUGUAACCCACACAGUGUAAUCAUUAAUUCAGGAAUGGUGGAGACCCCCAGGACAGCAGUGUGACAGUAACUCAAAAACACUGGAGGCAGCUGGAGGCUAGAUUUUUCUCCCCAAUCUAGUCUUGUCCAAUUACCCUGAUUGCGUCCUCUAAACUAAUUCGACCCUUCACCGCUGACUGAAGACACCUCUCAACUGACAUACACCCCCUCCGGCACGUACAGUCAGUACACACUGCAUUUUUCACAUGCACGAGUCGAGUUCAUACACCAAUCGGCACUGUGUAUGGAGGGCCACACCCCCAUCAGCAUUAUUCCUCAGCCCUGUGCAGGGGCCAUCAGUCAGCCAGCAGGGGCCGCAGUUGAACCAGUUAUGAGGACCUAUGAUCCAACUUAACCCUUAACCCUAUGAACAACAGCCAAUCGUUGUUAAUGCAGCCGCCCAGCCCAGUCGGAAGGUAGAGCUGAGAUGUAUUCGAAACCCCAACUCCAGUGUGCUAGCGUACUUUACCGCUGUGCCACCUGAGCGGCACGAGGGAUUUUAUGUUUUAUUAAUUUUUGCUGUUCCUUAUUGUCUGAUCUUUUGUCCUCGCUAUGAGCUGUGCUAUUAACAAAUGUCUCAACGCACACACACACACACACACACGCACACACACUACUAUAGCUGUAAAGCUGAUUAUCCAUCCAACAGGCGCUCUCAUCUCUUUUGUUUGACUUUUGUUUUUUUAUUCUCUGACCAAAUUCCCUUUUGUGCCCAGCUUCUUUCAUUUCAUAAUGAUCACUGUAGACGUCCUUGUAACACUUAAAGUUUAAGAUUUUGUUUUUUUUUAAUUGCCCUGUCAUGCCCUGAUCUGUGCAUGACUAUAAUGCGACGGUGAAGAUCUACAAACGAUACCUUGGACUUGGUUCUGUUUUUGUCCUGACGAUGCAGUGUUUAUAGACUCAGGUGUUCCUUUCUGUUAGAUCCUAGUUACACUUAUGUCCAUAUACUUAUGGUAUUAGGCCUAGUAUGUCUACACUUUGCACAGCUUAAGAGCUGAGCAUGCAGUUCUAAAUGGUGUUUAGGCUGGUUUUGUUGUUGUUGUUGAGAAACAACCUAACAAAUGUUAAUACCUAACAAAUGGUGGAGAAUGUGGGCAAUCUAGUCCAGGUCAGUGAUCUUCUCUAAGAUUAUUUAUCUGUUAAAUUAUGAAUCUGUUUCUCUGUUUUGAGGAAAUAUUGUGUUGAAAUUGUUUAACAUUGAGAGUACUGUUAAGAAUACGUAGAGAUUGGAAGUUCCAAAGCUACUUAUCUGGUUACUCUGUUUCGUUUUAGGGAUCCUUGUUUAUUUUGUUUAUUUCCUCUGACACUCCUCCUGUCCUUUUUACUUUAUUUUAUAGAUUUUAUCAUUCUGUAAUUUUAUCAUUAUUGGGAGAGGAGUAAUUCCUUGAAUUGUAUAUUUUGGUUACU